UUGACCCAUAGCCCAAAUUCCUCCAAGUGGGCUAUUAAUGAAAACAAAACAAAUGGAGCCCAAACUGGAAGUGUUAAUUCUUUGCCAAACCCUCUCUCUGCUGCCACCUCGUCUUUCUCCUUCUCCGGCGGCUGAGUUUAGUUGAAACUUGCUUCUGAAGUAUCGAACAUCAGCCAAAAUGUCUCGGAAAGGAUUGAUGGAGCAAGACCUAAGUAAAUUGGAUGUGACAAAGUUACAUCCGCUUUCGCCUGAAGUUAUUUCUCGUCAGGCAACAAUAAACAUUGGCACUAUUGGCCAUGUGGCUCAUGGGAAGUCAACAGUUGUAAAAGCUAUAUCUGGUGUGCAGACUGUUCGUUUUAAAAAUGAGCUAGAGCGUAAUAUUACAAUUAAGCUUGGAUAUGCGAAUGCUAAGAUAUAUAAAUGUGAAGAAGACCGCUGUCCUAGACCGGCGUGCUACAAGGCUUAUGGAAGUGGAAAAGAAGACAGUCCCAUGUGUGACGUCCCUGGUUUUGAGAACUGCAAAAUGAAAUUGCUGAGGCAUGUAUCUUUUGUUGAUUGCCCCGGUCACGAUAUUCUCAUGGCUACUAUGCUUAAUGGAGCCGCAAUUAUGGAUGGAGCCUUGCUUCUAAUUGCUGCCAACGAGAGCUGUCCCCAACCUCAAACUUCUGAACAUUUAGCUGCUGUAGAAAUUAUGCGCCUUCAACAUAUAAUAAUUCUUCAAAAUAAAGUUGACCUCGUUCAGGAAAAUGUUGCUAUCAACCAGCACGAGGCAAUUCAGAAAUUUAUUCAGGGAACUGUUGCAGAUGGUGCCCCAGUUGUUCCAAUAUCUGCACAAUUGAAGUACAACAUUGAUGUCGUCUGUGAAUAUAUUGUGAAAAAGAUUCCCAUUCCCGAGAGGAAUUUCAUUUCACCACCAAAUAUGAUUGUUAUCCGGUCAUUUGAUGUUAAUAAACCUGGUUUUGAAGUUGAUGAUAUCAGAGGUGGUGUUGCUGGUGGCAGUAUUUUGAAGGUAUUUUUCUCUUUCCCUGCAAUUAAUGGUAUGUUGCCACCGAAGAUCUCACUACUGGAAGAUGUUCAAGAUAAAUUGUUAAUUAGAUUCUUUGCGCAGGGUGUAUUGAAGGUAAAUCAACUUAUCGAGGUUCGUCCUGGAAUUGUUGUCAAAGAUGAGAGUGGCAACAUCAAAUGUACCCCAAUAUAUUCAAGAAUAGUAUCAUUGUUUGCUGAGCAAAAUGAACUCCAAUUUGCCGUGCCUGGAGGCCUCAUUGGAGUUGGAACAACUAUGGAUCCAACACUGACACGUGCUGAUCGACUGGUGGGACAGGUUCUCGGGGAGGUCGGGUCACUUCCUGAAAUUUUUGUUGAACUAGAGGUGAAUUUCUUUUUGCUUCGACGUCUUUUGGGUGUGAGGACAAAGGACUCAGAGAGGCAGGGCAAAGUCUCAAAGUUGGCAAAGGGAGAAAUCCUCAUGUUAAAUAUAGGGUCCAUGUCAACAGGGGCUCGUGUUGUUGCUGUCAAGAAUGUUUUCGCAAAAUUGCAACUGACGUCUCCCGUGUGUACCAGCAAAGGGGAGAAAAUUGCUCUUAGUCGGAGAAUCGAGAAGCAUUGGCGUCUUAUCGGUUGGGGCCAAAUCCAAGCUGGUAUUACUCUUGAUGUUCCACCCUGCCCCAUAUGAGCAAUUUCCACAACUAGUCAAAUAUAGGAAUUUGGAAUUCUGGAUACUAUAGUCAUACAUUUAAUUUUUUUCCUCUUGUUUCUUUGUCCAAGUGGAUUUUACCUUGUAAUUCAUUAGUUUAGGUUAUUUGAAAUGAGUUCCAUUCAACUUGCGGCAGAUGUUUGAACCAACCACUAAUGUAAUACUAUUAUGUACUCAGUUUUGUAUUGCUUGAACUUUCUUUA